AUGAGUGAGGAAAUACAGAUAUACUUUGAUAAGUUACUUUUAAGAAUUGAUGGCUUGAAAGUAAUCACAGUAACGGACCGAGAUGGCGUUAUAUUAAUAAAGUCCGAAUUAAAAGAUUUUUCGGAUAGAGUAUUUGAACCUACAUUAUCAACAACAUUUUCCGUAGUCAAUGAUCAGGCAUCAAAAUUAGGUUUAAAAAAAAAUAAAUUUAUUAUAAGCGUAUAUGAAAAUCAUCAAGUUGUGCACUUUAAUAAUGCACCAUUAAUUAUUACAUUGGUGGCUGAUUCCACUGCGAAUACUGGUAUGUUGUUAAAUCUUGGUGAUGAAUUAAAGGACGUUACGGAUGUUAUUGCGUCUGCCCUAUCAGGUCAUCAGGAUAUCCCUUAG